CUAAAGCGGAUAAUUUUGUAAAUUUAUCAAGUAAUAAUAAACAACAAUUUAAUGAAGCAAAUAAUCAUGUAACAUCAACUAGUAAUGGACGACCAGAUAGUGAAGCCAAUUCUAAAGGCUUAAAUCAUAAUGAACUACAAUUUAAUGAAGCAAAUGAUCAUAUAACAUUAACAACUAGUAAUGGACAACCAGAUGGUAAAGCCAAUCCUAAAGGUUUAAAUCAUAAUGAACUACAAUUUAAUAAAGCAAAUGAUCAUAUAACAUUAUUAACUAGUAAUAGACGACCAGAUGGUGAAGCCAAUCCUAAAGGCUUAAAUCAUAAUGACCUACGAUUUAAUGAAGCAAAUGAUGAUGCAAUAUCAUCAACUAGUAAUAGACGAUCAGAUAGUGAAGUCAAUCAUGAAGACUUAAAUAAUAAUAGUCUACAAUUUAAUGAAGCAAAUAAACAAGUAAUCUCAUCAAAUACAUUAAGUGGUAAUAGAUCUAGUUUUCUUGAUAAUACUUCUGAAGCCCAAUCUGAUAGUAAUCUUAUUACUCAACGUACAUCAAUUUAUUAUAAAAGCAGUGAAGCAUCAGAAUAUCAAGAACAAGAGCAAUCAGAAGUUUCUGAAAGCUUAAUUGAAAGAUCAUCUG